AUGGCUUCCGCUUCGGAUUCGACAGAACGACUUGUGCGAACAUGGAUGGCUUCGGAAAGAGAAGAAGAAAUAGUUAAGGCUGUAUCAGAAAUCUCGAACGGAUCGACCUCCUUGCUCAAUGUUGUCAAAGCUCUGGGAGAAUAUCUGACUUCUGAGGAAGAUGCCCUGCGAACAAAGGGCGUUGAGUUUCUGUCUGCCGUUCUCGGUCGUUGUCCACCAGAAAAGCUGAACCGUCAGGCCGCUAGGGUCCUGACAUCAUUUUACUGUAGCAAGCUGGAGGACUCUGAGACUGUUGUCCCUGCACUAAAGGGAUUGGUAUCUCUCACCAAAAUGCCUUCCUCGACGUCUGAAGACGUCCCCAGCAUAUUAGACGCUAUCUUUACUCAUAUCAAAAUGAAAGGGCUUGUUCAAUCCGUGCGAUUUUUUGUAUUCACAAUUAUUGACACCCUAAUGGCUCGACAUCGACAAGUCAUCAAAGACAUGAAUGAUAGCUUCCUUGGGCGUUAUAUUGCUCUGGUAGAUGGAGAAAAGGACCCUCGGAAUUUACUCGUUGCUUUUGCUAUCGAUCGAGUUCUUCUCAUAGAAUUUGAUAUCAAUAACUUCAUUGAGUCACUCUUCAAUAUCACAUUUUGCUACUUUCCAAUCACCUUUCGACCUCCUCCGAACGACCCCUAUGGAAUAACAACCGAUGAUUUACGUCAAGCCCUUCGCAAAUGUUUAAAUUCCACUCCUGCGUUCGGCCCAUUGGCUAUCCCCGUCUUCUUGGAAAAGCUUGCAGCUGGAUCACCUACCACCAAGCGAGAUACGCUUGAAAGCAUGUCCGUGUGCUUUCCUGUUUAUGGCUCUGCAUUAGCGCGCAGUCAUGCUCGAAAACUAUGGAAUUCUUUGAAGCUGGAGAUAUUUCAACCUACCGAUUCCAUCACCGAAGAAUUUGCGCUCAAGACCACUCAAGACCUCGUCAAGACCAUCUAUACCUCACAGACCGCAGAUGGUACGGACAACGAUAUUGAGGGUCUGGCCCGAGACGCUUGCGAAGAAUGCAUCGCGAUCCUUCGAGAGCCUGAGAAAAGUCAGGCUAAACCUGCGAUCAAAAUUUUGUGUGCGUUCAUGUCGACGACGCCUUCAGUAUCACGGUAUACUGUUGCUCAAACAGCACCUUAUCUGGUCAAGCUCUACGCACAUCCUGAUAAUGUUGCAGCUCGGCCAUCUAUCUUACUACUUCUCUCCGACUUGAUAGCGGCUGCGCGGGAUUCGAUGGCUGCUAAUAAAGUCGACGAUUCAGACUCACUAGAGACGCCGCUCAGUCCUUACAAAGAUGAAAUACUAAGCAUCGUAUCCUCGGCUUUGAAAGUCUCUUCGUCGCGAGAUCCUGCUCUUGCAUGCUUGUUAGGAUUAGUUUCCACAGAAAAGCUGGUAUCGGAUGAAGAAUUGGGCUUUAUUGUCCACAGUGUAGACGAGAUACUGUUAGAAGAAUCAGAUGAAGCUGAAGAGACCAAUGCACCUGCCCUCCAACUUCUCGUCACGAUCUCGCAGAAAGCGGUUCAUCAUAUCAAAGAACAAACGCUUCCUUUACUCUUUAGCAUGUUACCAGAAGACGCACCAGCACGGGAUGCAGCUUUGGAUCGCGCUAGAGCAUGGCGAAUACUGUCUGCUCUAAAUACUGUUUGCAGACCCCUCGAACUUUUCGAGACGUUGGUGAUCCGCCUCACCACUAGAUUGGACUUGCUCUGUGUACCUUCAGAGACUGUACCGCUUCCUGCGGACCGUGAACCUCGAGUCGCGUAUGCUCAUUCGAUUUUGAUCACUUUACAUCAGACCCUCCUAGCCAAGGUUGAUGAUGGACACGCAGAUGUAGCAAAAUACAUUGAAACUCUCGUUCCUAGACUUUUCAAUCUCUUCAUUUACUCCGCACUGGUCUCCAACGAAGUCAACCUGAUUGCUACUGAUAUACGGCUCAUAACUGUAGCCGGCCAAACUAUCGGUACCGUGGUACAGAAUACUGCAGCUCAAAGACAGGAUUCCUUUAUACAAGCGUUGUUUGCGGCUUACAUCGACGGAGAUAUCAAUCGCAUUGCGGAAGGAUAUCAUAGGUUACCCACAACUAAUAGCUUCUCCCCAUUGAAUCAACGAAACUUGGUCAUUUUGAUGGCUUCAGCGGUUGUACCGCUACACAAGGAGAUUCAACUACCAGUUUCCAACCUGAGCGUGUUUUUGGGAAACAUAUUGACUUGGAGCCUUGCUGAGGUCGAAGCCGUCGUCGAUCUCCAACGGGAAUCUACCUGGAAAAUGAUAUCUGCUAUCCUCAAUAAACAUGCCUCGUUUUUCAUCGAAAACAUGCUACAUGAAUUUUGGCCGCGGCAUAUAGCUGAUAGAUCUGCAUCUGCAGAAAGUCGCAAUCGUGCAAUCCGUCCAUGGGUUUGGAUCUCCAAGGCUCUUCUUGUCUGCAACCAUGCACAAGCAUCUCAAUUCGCCGACGUCAUGUUUCUACUUUUUGACGACGAAGAUAUCAAAUGGAACGCCGCCAAAUCUUUCGGAGACAUUGUUCGAACAGACACAAUCUUGACCAAACAGAAUCACGCCUCAAUCAAGAUGUUGUACGCGCAGCGCUUUGUUGGUCGCACAUUGCCUCGUAUCAUUGAUGGCGCAAAAGACCCAAGCGAACCUGGGAAACAAUUAUCGUAUCUUGUCGCAUUGACCUCGUUGAUUAGUUCUAUCCCAAAAGCUUUGUACUUUCAUGAGAUGGCUACAUUAAUACCGCUCCUGGUUAGGGGACUGGACUUACCAGAUCAUGAUAUCCGCUGCCAAGUUAUCGACACCUUCCUCGCUGUUGCAGAAGGCGAUUCACCUGAUAUCGUAUCCGACCACGCGCCAUCGCUCAUAACUACCAUGCUGAAGAACAGUUCCGUGGAAAAUAUGCCUUCUGUUAAAGUACGGGUAUCUGCCCUGAGAUAUCUCGGUGUUCUGCCUAGUAUCGUACGAUAUGAUGUCCUACAUCCUCUCAAGGCAACAGUGAUAAAACAAUUGGCGGUGUCAUUGGAUGAUCCAAAACGAGCAGUCCGUAAAGAAGCCGUAGAUGCUAGGUUCAAGUCCAGCGGUUAG